UCUCCCUGCUACAGCUACAGUCCCGGCGGAGGCGAAAAGAGAGCAGCGUUGUCGGGCGUCGAUCUGGCCGGCCCAAAUCCCCUGACGUCCUCGCCGGCGUUGGAGGAGGCGGGCGGGCUGGCCUCCAGCGGCCUGUUCCUGUAUAGGGGUAGCUUGGUUUCUAGUUUCGCCUAGGUUUAGCUCAUCGUCGACUAUGGCGGCGGUGCUUAGUUUGCCAGUGGUGGUUCAGCUGCUGCACCGGCCAAUAAUCAUCCUCCAGUGCGUCUGUGUCCUUGCCGGCGGCGUCGGCGCCCUUGGCGGCCGCUUCAGCGUCACCAGCGGUGGCGGAUCUUGGAGGUUAGCUGCUUUUGUCCCUCUGUGCGACGGGGGGAGUAGAUCUGGCCUCCCUGGUGGGGGGUUUCUUGGAUGCGGUGUUGGCGGUGCUAGCUCCGGCGUUCCUCUUUUCCGGUCAUCGGUUCUUUGGCAGGUGGCGGCGGAUUGGUCUGAGCUGCUCCUAUGUUGGAGGCAACGGCCAGUGACUUGUUCUGGUAGGGAGGUAAGUUCGCUGGCAUUUUGGUUUGAAGAUGCAGCGGCGGCUGUGGGUCUGUUGGCUAGUAGGAGAGUGGAUCGAGCUCGAGUUUCCCCCGAUGAUGGUCGACGGCGAGCUUUAGUCCAAGGUCGUCAGAGCUUGGGGCGCGGCCCCAGUCGAUGGGCUAUCAGCGAUGCCUUUAUCUCAUCCAUUCGGGUGAGUGCCUACUUCGACUCUUCUCAAAGCCUCGUGGCGAUGGAGCUCCGGCGGUCCUGGGGAAGACGGCGAGCUGCCGAUGGAGUCCGGCGGGUGGCCGGUGAUAUCGGGCUCAGGAGGAUUCGAGAUGCAGAGGUUCCUAGGGGCUUGUUAGUAAUUAUUUUGUUUUCAUGGGACCUGUCUGCAAAACAGCUCUCCUCUGUAUCCUUCCUGAAUGUAUCUGUAUUUGUACGGGUCCAUGUACUGUAUCCUUAUCUUUAAUAUAUGUAUGUUCUGAUAAAAAAAAUGCCAGCCGCUAGAUUGCAAGGGUGUUUA